AGGAUCAAGCUGCAGCAGCACAUUCACUUCUCACGUGUCUCAGUGAUCACAUAGAAAUGAAUGUGCAGCAGCAGGGAAGUAAGUCACAGUCAAGGAGUCCAGUCCACCUUUAGUUUCUGGGGGGAGUGACAGAAGUUUAGUGUGUGAUACACUUGCCCAUAUGCUGUAGUAUUUGUGUCCAGGGUAAAUGGCAGCUAUAACUUUUAGAAAUUAAAAAAAAAAAAAACUAUAUUUGUGGCCUUUGUGUACUACUCGUUAGCGCAUGGUAAUUCGGGCAUAAUAAUCAUUCAGCUUCAAAAACAGCAUUACACACAUUUUAAAGGACGCUUUAUAUACUUUAGGGAAAUGUAGUUCUCUCAGCGCUUUCUGCUCUAGAUCUAAUAGAGCUUUACUUGGCAACAAAACUACAUUUCCCAAUAACCCUUGCUUCAAAGGGACGCUGCCAAUCCCAGGACAUGACCCCGCCUACUCCUUGCUGGUUGGUUUGCAAAGGACUGGAGUCUUUACGCGACGACAGGAAGUAGUGUGAACAGGCACAUGGUUCAGGGGAAUGAUUGAGCUAAGACUAUUUUAGAUUUCCAUUCCAUUUCCAAAAAAUAAAUCUUUUGGUUGUUGGUGAUGCUAUAGGGCUCAGAGGCAGAUCCUUUAACCGCUUCCUAUUAAUACAACACAACAUUUAAGACAUCUGCAAUUGACUUUGGGGAAAGACGGGACAAAACCAUCAAUUUACAUUUUGAAAAAUCUAUUUCAUAUAUUCGUGUAUUCUGAAUUUCCGUUUUUUCACAUUGAACAUGUCAUUUCAAUUUAAUUUCACCGUAGAUGAGGCAGAAGGCAGCCUCACUGAAUGUGAAUUAAGUACACAAACUCACCUUGGUUCAUCAGAGCGUGUAAGAACAGUAGAAAAUCCAGAGAAUAAUAAAUUGCCAUUAGGCGACAGUGAGGCAAAUCCAGAGACAACAGAUGAAGUUAAGGAAUCAGGACUAAUGACAUCAGCUGGUGAAACCAAUACAUUUAGCUGUAGCAACACAAGUGGUGACGGCUUUGCUGAAGAAAAAGCUGCAGGCAGUGCGGUUGCCACUGAACACAAAAUUCCAGAAGAUGUCAGUAGUGUACUAGAAAAUAAAAUUGUUGAAAGUGUUUCAGGGCUGCAGUUUGUUAGUGUAUCUGUGGUAGAAAUGACAUUAGCAGACGAAGAAUCUAGCGGAGAAAACAUAAUUAGUAAAACUGUUGCGUCUAACUCUGAUCUCAUCUCUGGUGUUUAUGAAGGUGGAAUGAAGAUUUGGGAAUGUACCUUUGAUCUAAUACGAUACCUCGAAGAUGAGGAUGUGGAUUUUAAAGGGAAGAGAGUUUUAGAUCUUGGCUGUGGAGCUGGUUUGUUGGGAAUAUCAGCUCUUAAACGAAAAGCCAAAGAAGUUCAUUUCCAAGACUACAACAGUACUGUGAUAGAAGAAAUAACCGUGCCCAAUGCACUUGUGAACUGUGACAGAGAUGAUGCCAAUGAAUGCAUUACGGAAGAACCUGAUCGAAAAAGGCAUAAAAAGUCAGAAAUCAAACCUGGGCUCCUAUCCAAAUGCCGGUUCUUCUCAGGGGAAUGGUCACAGUUUAGUAAGUUAAUGCAAAAUAAAAUGUCUCCUGUAAAAUAUGACACUAUACUUACAUCGGAGACCAUAUAUAAUCCUGCCUAUUAUGACGCAUUACAUGAUAUAUUUCAACAUUUAUUGGCAAAAAAUGGGAUUGUAUAUCUAGCUUCCAAGUCCCAUUAUUUUGGUGUCGGAGGGGGUGUGCACCUGUUUGAGACAUAUAUCACAGAGAAGAACGUGUUCUGUGCUAAAACUCUAAAGGUCUAUGAGGAGGGACUCCAGAGAAUGCUUAUUAGUCUGUCAUUCAAGAGCACAUCUUAACAAAAUGCAUUUCAACUUUGAAAAAACCAAAUCUCAUAUCUUGCUGUCAGUCUGCUUUUUACUUCUCAUGUAUAAUAUUAAACAUCUGUGGCAGAA